UGCAAUCUGAGCCUCUAGUGAGAAAUUCUGCACUGGAGCUCACAUGGUUCCAGAUAAGGGAAUCUGACAAUCUGCUUGACACAUAAAAAAAGGAAACUGGGCUGAUUUAAGCUCAGAGGAGAGCUUUUCUUUCUUUGUUAUUGCUUAGAUUUCACAUGAACAGUCAGCCCAUUCAAAGGGGGAUCUCUUGUUCCUCUGAGGACCCCAGCUGCACCAAAAUUGUGGAGUCCCUCAAUGCAUGGAAUGACUCAGAAGCCAAUGCCUACAAACGAGCGGACCUGCCUCUUAGAGCCCCAACAAAGAUGACAGCACAAGACGUUCCUCGUGCCUUUCCUACAGUAGAUGUCCCAGCCCAUGCCCAUUACACAAUUGGAGCAGUCAUUCUUACAGUGGGAAUCACAGGAACUCUGGGUAAUUUCUUGGUCAUCUAUGCUUUCUGCAGGAGCAGGAGCCUUCAAACACCAGCCAACAUAUUCAUAAUCAACCUAGCUAUUAGUGACCUCCUGAUGUCCAUUACACAGUCUCCGGUUUUCUUCACCAAUAGUCUCCACAAACGCUGGAUUUUUGGUGAAAAAGGCUGUGAGCUGUAUGCCUUCUGCGGAGCUCUUUUUGGCAUUACAUCUAUGAUCACGUUGACGGUGAUUGCCCUGGACAGAUAUUUUGUCAUCACAAGACCUCUGGCUUCUAUUGGAGUGAUGUCUAAGAAGAAGGCCCUAAUAAUCCUGGUAGGAGUCUGGCUGUACUCUUUGGCUUGGAGCCUCCCACCCUUCUUUGGAUGGAGUGCUUAUGUUCCUGAGGGUCUGCUGACUUCCUGUUCCUGGGACUACAUAACUUUCACCCCAUCAGUCCGUGCCUAUACAAUGCUGCUUUUCUGCUUUGUCUUUCUCGUUCCUUUGAUUGCUAUCAUAUACAGUUAUAUAUUUAUCUUUGAGGCUAUCAAGAAGGCCAACAAAUCUGUUCAGACAUUUGGAUGCAAACGUGGAAACAGAGAGUUCCAGAAACAGUAUCAGAGGAUAAAAAAUGAGUGGAAGAUGGCCAAAAUUGCACUGAUUGUCAUCUUGCUUUAUAUCAUUUCCUGGUCACCAUACUCUGUCGUUGCUCUGGUAGCUUUUGCCGGGUAUGCCCACGUCAUCACACCCUUCAUGAACUCCAUACCAGCUGUGAUUGCCAAAGCUUCUGCCAUCCACAACCCCAUCAUUUACGCCAUCGGUCACCCCAAGUACAGAACAGCCAUUGCAACAUACGUUCCUUGCCUGGGAUCCCUGCUGAGAGUUUCUCCUAAAGACUCCCGGUCUUUCAGCAGGUAUCCCUCCUCCAGACGAUCCACCGUGACCAGCCAGUCUUCUGAGACAAGUGGGCUGCAGAAAGGAAAAAGGCGACUAUCUUCUGUCUCAGACAGUGAAUCCGGCUGCACAGAUACAGAAACUGGUAUCGCCACUAUGAUCUCCAGACCUGCUAGCAGACAGGUUUCCUAUGAAAUGGGAAAAGACACAACUGAAACUACUGACAGAAGAGCCAAACCUAAACCAAAAAGCCAUGAUUCUGGAAUUUUUGAGAAGACAUUUGUAGAUUCUGAUGACAUAUCCAUGGUGGAACUGAAUGUCACAGAGUACACUGCUACAUCUGCUACAGGUGAGAGCCUGAAUGAUAUCGGACUAAGAGAAGGAGAGUCUCACCAGAGGCCAUCUGCAGCCCAGAUACCCAGCAUUAUAAUAACAUACUGCAAUGUCCAAGGAGUAGAGCCACCUUCUGAACACAGCUCUGGUUUCCUGUACCCUAAGAUCAAGAGCCACAGCCAGAAUAAGAACUCCAACAGCUAAGUGGGUGGUGUAAACCAGAGUAUCACCUUAGUUAGUAUCUCCGGAAUAACGGAUCAGCUGAAUCCAGAAAACCUUCCUACGUUGUUCGGAUAUGCUCCUACAGAGAGAUAACACAGGACAAGCAAAGAUAAAACCAAGGGGAGUCAACUGUUCAGCAUCAGAGCUCUUUCCAGCAGUUCACUUCUUGAUCUGAGUCACAUCAUAAUUUUAUUAUUUCUUCUUUAUGUAGCUCAUGAAAUGAUUUCUUUCACUUGGAUUUUACUCUGCUCAGCCAUAUUCCACGACUGCAUAGAUGUUACCUACUAGGCCUCUUAAGAUUAACUUGGGAAGAAGGGGAAGUAUGAGAUUCAAAACUAACCUUUUUUUCACUGGAGUGUAGCUUAAUUUCAAAGCUAUUUCAGAGAUAAAGCUGAAAGAUUUGGGGAAAAACGAACGUAACUUCCUGUAGAUGUUUUCUUCAUUACUGUGAAGUUCCUCUAGCAAAUGAAAACUUAAUCACACAGUCAGUGCUCCCUUUUCUCAUUAAUAACAUGUUUUCCCUAAUUUUCUUGGGCGGUAUGGUUGAAGGGCAAUGCACGUGAUCAGAAGUUUGAAGUCCUGGAUUGGGUUAAAAUAAACUUCUAAGAUUCUGGGGGAAGGGAAGGGAAUCACACUGAAGACAAGCCUACGUUCCAUACCUAGAUUCUUUUUCCAACAGUCAUUUAGAGAGCAGCUUAACACAAUUUAGCUAACUUCCCCGGGGGCAACAGGAAGGUACCAGAAAGCUCCUCCUCACUUCCCCUUAGCAGAUUUCAAGAGAAAAAUGCAGAGUUCAAAGUAGUACAUGAAACAUCUUAUGGGUAAGGAAAUACAACUGACUUUCAGUUCUUCAAAAUAAUUUAUCUUUAGGUGUGCUUUUCUAAAGUAAACCUUAGGCGGAGGGGGACUAGUUGCCCAUAAAUAUUUUUCUACAGAUGUGUGGAAUUCACAUCCUCUCCACAUCAGAAUUUUAAUUUCUGCCUUCCCUAACCGGCAGUAUCCAUACAGGCAAGGUCCUCUCCAGGGUGACUACAUCUAGUGAAGUGUACUUAUUCCCCCAGAGAGGAAAGAAAACAGUUCUAUGAAAUAGUGAUUUUCUGCUUUUCCCUGGUGCUCCUUCUAGGGCAUGAGAAUAAAUGGACAGAAUUCAUCUACACUCCACAGAACUUUGCAAUCCAAAAAUGAUGAGGUGUAGUCAGUUCCACAGUGGGGAAUAUAUACCUUCUGAGCACAAAAGCACAGGGCACAAAGAACUAUUGAAAGAGUUCUCUCCUGCACCAUCCCCACCUCCCCACCCCUCCAGUAAUUCUCUGCUUCCAAAGAAUGGAGGGAACCCAGAAAGUAGUUUUGUUCUACAUAAACCAGCUCUUCCUAGCAUCACAUCAGAAACAGCCUUAAAACAGCAAUGUAACCAGCUCAUCCCUUGAGAAAAAAAAGAAAAACACAGUAGGUUCCAGGGGAUUUGGGGCACUGAUUUGAAGCAAACUUUUGGGAAACGUAUCUCAAACAGGGUUAUUGCAACUAAAAGCUGAACUGAUAAUGACUUCUGCAGCAGCCAAAUUUGAGAUGAUGAAUGAGCGGGCAGUUCAGGCAGGUAAUAAAAUGCCAAAAGAAACAAACUGUUCACAAUCCAGGAUGCUUUUAUGUACAUAAAAUCACAGGCAUUAGGCUGGAAAAGAGCUAUCACAGUUCCUGCCUUUACCUACCACAACUGGAUAUUGUCUUCAGACAGAGGGCAAUGUUAAACUGAUUAUAUAUUCAGCUAGCAAUAAGGAGAAAGAAGAGGAAAGAUAUAUCAUAUUCAAAUAGGAACUGUGUUCAAAGAUAUUCAUCAAGUCUGAUACAUUUUGUUAUGACUUACUGUUUAGGUUUUAAAAAUUAUCUGAAAACAUGUAGCUGCAAUUCUUCCCAUCCCCUGUCAUGAAGUAUUCACACCAGUGCAAAAUGGUGGCAGCUAACGGAAGUGCUUUAUUACUGCCCAUUUCACUGUGGUAGCAAAAGGUUGAACCUAUCAAGAAAAUGGGUCAAAGCUCAAACAUGCCACUUCAUGUGUUAAUAAGAUGCAUUCAUGUAUGGUAUGUAUCACUAGAGCUAGUCCCUUUUCUCCUGUCAUAAUUUCAUUUCCAAGCAGUAUUCUUGAAGACUGUGCUCUGCAUUCUUCUGCAAUCCCUUCCACUUUUAGAGGACAUAGAAAGAAUACUUCCACGGCUAGAAAAGCCUUAUGAAUCCACAGCAUGUUGUUCUCUAAAUCCAUCAACUCCAGUAAGUACUAGAGAUUAGUUUGUAUCUAUAAAAAGAACUACAGCUGUUAGUGCUUGUCUACUUACAAAAGGCUCGUAAAGCAUAUAUUAAUUAGGGAGAAUUGGUUCUGGAGCAUUUCAGAAUUCUUGGGUGUCCUCCCUACGUACCUAAAACAGCUUUACUUUCCCUUCGCCUCUACUGAGACUAUGAAAAUUAUUCAGGGGAAAGCCUACAAAACUCAUUUAAUCUGAAUAUCUUUCCCACUCAUUCACACUGUAA